UCUGUCAAAAGUACAUUUGACGUCCCCUUGAGUUUUGGGAAAAUCGAAAUUAUUUAAAAAAAUUAUAAAUGAAAAACGUAUAUGAUGCUGAAGAUGGUAUGAAUUAAGAAGAAGCAAACAUUUCUGGGCUUACUUGUUUAAACGUGAGGUCCAUAAGGCGCAUCCUGGUCUCAUUUCACGUGCUAAAACCGAUUUGACAAGUUGCAGGGCAAUGGCACAAGCAAUCAAGGGGGCCAUCACGACCCAAAUGAGAAGGUUGUAUCAAGGGGGACCUCGACUUUUUUGCAACUUUUCCAGAAAUCACCUCACAUCAGAACUGACCACGAAAUAUGCCCAAAGUACCGACUUUCUUCUAAAUAAUCUCAAAAAUGCCAACAGUACCAAAAAUAUUUUGGACUUGGUUUCGCAACAUCAGGAUAUCAUGAACAACAAACACGUUAUUCAAGCUUUGCGAAGCUUAUUUACUUUACAAAAGAACGGAAAUUCAGAAAUGUCCACAAAUGAAAUUUUGUCCCAUAGAGAUUUUCGGAAAUUAUGUCGCAAAUUGCGCACUCAAGCUGCAAGUAUUGAGUUGAGUGACAUAAUUGAAGCGUUGAAAGUUGUUUCAUAUGUCGGAGUUCCCGCUGACUCAACUAUUUUCCAAGUUCUUUUGCAAUUAAUCAGACACAACGUCAACAAUCUUAAUUUACAACAAAUUAUCUUUCUCGAAUUUUUGUUAACUCAGUCCAAGUCUUCUCCUCUAGUCGAGGCUCUAAAAAUAGCAUUACCUAUGGUUUUCGAAAUUCAUUUGCCGUUGAAAAUGGACUACGAUAAUGCAGCGCAUUUGGCUGAUUGUUUGUAUUUCGCUUCGCGAAUUACUUUGAACAUUGAAUCAAUCGAAAAACUGGUGAAUGCUUUGAUGGGACAUCGAGAAUUUGAUGUUAAAACCGCCAAAAGUAUAGUUUGGUCAAUUUGUGAUAUGGAACCCGAUGAGAUGUUUAGACCAUUGAUGAAUAGAGCUAUUGAUUCACUCAUUGUACAUUUAGAUGAAUUGAGUUUCAAUGAGGUGGAGACUACUUUGACAAAAUUAAUCAGCCGAUAUAGUCAGAAAUGUACAUAUUUUUACAACGAGACGUUUUACGAUUCGUGCGCGAAUUACGUCAUUGAUAAGGACUUGGGUUUUAAACAGUCGAUUUACAUUCUACGAAAAUUUGGACGCGUUAAUUAUCAUCACAAGUUCAUGUUGGAUUAUAUGUCGAAAAAAGUAUAUGAGGACCCUAAGCUGAUAUCUAAAGGAGACGCUUUAUAUAUUUACAGCAUUGCUGUAUCUACAGCUUUGAGUGAAUAUCGACCCGUUCAUUGGGACACUCUAAAAAACCUCAUUGAAAGAAGUGAGAAUAUUGCAAAUUGCGACAGGAAGGAAAUAAUUUGGAUUAAAUUCGCCGCUGCUUUAUGUUUGCUAGAUAUCUACAAACUAGAUGUUUUGACGAAAUGUCUCAACGAAAAUUUUUUACUUGCCCUGUUCAAUAAGAAAUGGUUCAAGUCUGAUUUUGAAAAUUACGCCACAAUUUGGCAGUGUAUCAAGUUAUUUAAACCUGAAAUGAAUUGUCUGUUGUCAACAAAAUUUGACCCCAAAGAUCUGAUAAAGCAUUUUAAGCAGAAUUUGGAUUUUCCAUUAGAAGGGGCUCUAUAUAAAGCUUUAGGAGGGGAAAAAUACGUCAAAACGGAUCUUUAUUCAAAAAUGGGACUGCAAGUUGAUCAUGUGGUUAUAUUUAGAAAAGGUGGAUAUCCGGUCGCAAUGAACUACUCAGAUGAUUUGGAAUUUGUUGAAGAUAUUGAAGUGCCGUCUGAUCAUCAAUUGGUCGCUAUUCUAGCUUUACGACAUUUUGGAUAUACUUUGAAUAAAAAAAUGAGAAGUAGUACAAAUAUGGCAAUUAGAGCGUUAGAGGCAAGUGGGUGUCAAGCAGUUCCCGUGUGCCUAGAAGUGUGGGAACGUUUACCAGACUUUGAAAAAAUUCCUUAUUUAAUGCAAGCUAUUAAAGAACGGACUGAUAGUGAUUUAAAUGUGUCAGAGAGUGUAAUUUAAAAACAAUAGAUUUUUUUAUUAGAAAAUUGGUUAGAGUUAUUUAUUUGGAAUUAUUCCAGUUAUUAGUGAAUCAAAUGAAAACUAUUUUUUUUUUAAUGUGAAAGUUGGGUUUACGAUUCAAGUUUUGCGUCGUCACAGAAAUAUUAAUUUUAAAGCUGUUAAGGUUAAGGAACUGUAAAUUUGUAUUUGUUUUAUAGUUUCACUAAAAUGUUUAUGUGCAUAAUUUUGUGCAGAAUUUAAGUUACU